CCGCCGGGAGCCGCGAAACUCUUCCGGGCCGGCGGUUCCCGGGCACGGCCGGGGCUGAGGGGCGGCUGCGGGUGACAUCCACGUCUGUCUGUGGAGCGCCGAGCUGACCCCCACGCCGCGCCGACCCCGAGGUGAUGCUGGCGCCUGCCCCGCCGUCCUGGCGCGCUGAGGCGUGACCGCGGCACCACGGCGGGGCCGGCCCGGCCCACGCGCUGCAGGGUGGUCAUCUACCUCCAGAAGGACAUGUCGGGGGACACGUGCCUGGGCAGCGCCCUGUGCCCGGCCGCCGGCCACAAGCCCAAGGCCGGCGGGCUGAAGGGCGGCAGCCUGGGGAACAAGUACGUGCGGCUCAACGUCGGCGGCUCCCUGUACUACACCACGGUGCAGGUGCUCACCAGGCACGACACCAUGCUCAAGGCCAUGUUCAGCGGCAGGAUGGAGGUGCUCACCGACAAGGAGGGCUGGAUCCUUAUAGACCGUUGUGGGAAGCACUUUGGAACAAUUUUAAACUAUCUCAGAGAUGACACGAUUGCACUUCCAAAACACAGGCAGGAGAUCAAAGCGUUGAUGGCAGAAGCCAAGUACUAUCUCAUCCAGGGCUUAGUGGACAUGUGCCAAGCAGCCCUGCAGGACAAGAAAGACUUGUACGAACCUGUCUGCAGCAUACCUAUUAUCACCUCUCCGAAAGAAGAGGAGAGACUGAUAGAGUCAUCAAUGAAACCUGUUGUUAAACUGCUGUAUAAUAGAAGCAACAAUAAAUACUCCUAUACCAGUAACUCUGAUGACAACUUGCUGAAGAACAUCGAGCUGUUUGACAAGCUGUCGCUGCGGUUCAACGGCAGAGUGCUGUUCAUCAAGGACGUGAUCGGGGACGAGAUCUGCUGCUGGUCCUUCUACGGGCAGGGCCGCAAGCUGGCCGAGGUCUGCUGCACCUCCAUCGUCUACGCCACGGAGAAGAAGCAAACCAAGGUUGAAUUCCCCGAGGCACGGAUUUAUGAGGAAACGCUGAACGUCCUGCUGUACGAGACGCCGCGUGUCCCGGAUAACUCGCUGCUGGAGGCCACCAGCCGCAGCCGCAGCCAGGCCUCGCACAGCGAGGACGACGAGGGCUUCGAGCUGCGCGACCGCGUGCGCCGCAUCCACGUCAAGAGGUACAGCACCUACGACGACCGCCAGCUCGGCCACUAGCGUGUCCCUGCAGCACUCACUGCCUGCUCCAGCUCGUGUCCUCGUCCUGGGACAGCAGGGAGGGACCCCCUGGACUCUGGCCAGUGAUCUUCGUGGGGCGCCUCGGCUCCCUAGAGAAGCCAACGGGGAUUUGCAUGCACAAAGCAGCACUGAAGGCCACGGGCUUGGAGAACUGAGUUGUGCACCUUGUGCUGCAGGCUGGCCCCUCUUCCUGCUCGGGAGGGGGGAUUUGGAACGCUGGUUCUCAGUUUGUGGUUGCUCUUUCCUAUCUAACGAUUUGCCAGUUUCCCCCUUGCCGUGGGCAGCGCUGCUCUUCCUGAGCAAGGUGGCGCGGUUUGAAAAGCUCUUUCCAGACGGCUGCCCUUUCAGGGCUUUCUACAAUGGAAUUGCAGUUACUAAAUCAAGAUACCCGAGAGAACUUGAAUGUGGCUGCCCUUGGCAGACACUGCACGGGAUAACCCCCAGGAGAAACGUUUGGCUGGCCAGUCAGCUGCACCUGUGCUCUCCCACCCCUGUCCCCAGAACACCUGCAAAGGUUUGUGUUCCAGAAUAGUGUCUUUAAAACUCAUUGAUUCCAAGGCAAGCUCCUCCGAAGUGGUAAGAAUCAAGUCAUCAGCCUCCCCAUGUGAAAAUGGAAAUCUCUGAAAACGUAAAUGUGUGGGUAAUGACUUGUCCUGGGAGAGGGGGAAAUGGGAGUGGUGAGGGAAGAAACCUGAAGUGAGCAAACUUGGGCAGAUUGUGGCAGUGUUGCCCUGGUUGCAGCUUGUCACAGUGAAGUCCUGUUUAUAUAAACCAAGGGCAAUCUGGGGAAUUUGUUUUACAUUGGUUUCCUCCUGUGACCUAGCAGCAUUAUUUAAUGUUAAAUUUCUCAAGCAGCAGGGGAAAAAUUGCAGUGGCUGGAGAAGUAUGGGCUAAACAGUGUUUUCUAAGGCUAGAACAUGUCAAUUCAAGUUCUGUGUCCUGAAUCCCUUCUAGAGUGUAGAAGUUGAAGAAGAAAAACAGCCGUGAAAAUACUGUUCUAACGUGAAACUGCAAGAGGCUUUGGUCACAGGAGAGAGGUGGCUUGUACUGGAUUUUAAACUGAAAUAAUCACUUUUAUUAUGAGUGCUUGGCUGGGUGCUAAUUGUACAGGGCACUUCAGGAACUGGGGGUCAAGUCUGCUCUGCAAAUUUGAAAAUUUUCUGGAAACAGUUUCAAGUUUAGUAUGAAAAGGCAUUAUUGUACUUUAAACUUUUUGCUGUAGGUAGCAGUUUUGCCACUGUCAUUCGUGGUUAUUCCUGCUGGCUGCCCACUGGGAGCAGGGGAUAUGUUGGAUAUGUUCCACAGCUGCCCUUGUGUUCCCGUAUCAUACUCAGUCACAAAGCUCCAGAUUCCACAGUGAUCAGUCCUGGACUGCUUUGACCAGUGCCAAAUCUACCUGUAGGAUUUAAAGAAAAUUACUGCAAAAGCCUGACAAGAAAGUAAUCCCAAAUAAUUGCAGGGAGUUCAUAAGAGGAAUUGAGAUGUAGAUGGUUGGGGAGUAAAAAGCUGGGGAGGGAACAAAAAUUAUUUGCACUCAUUUAGGUUUUUGAAAAUUAAAUCAUUGUGGGUUAGUAAGAAAACACUAACAGAAUUCUGGGAUUUUCGUGCCUCUAUACGUGGCAGGAUUCACUUCAUUCUCUUCACAUUCAGGAAGCAGCAUUUCACAGGGAUGCACCUGCCUUCUUGUGAAAGGCCUCUUGAAAUCUCUAAUAAUCCUAACAACCUCUUUUAUAUUGCUUUCUGUAAGUUUUUGUUUUCCAGCUGGUUAUUCUGUUGUGCCAGGGAAAAUACAGCUGUUGACAUUAGCUUCAACAAAGAUCUUUGUGGUAUUUCUCUCUAAUUCUGCUAGAGUGUGAUGUGGUUUUUUAAAACUUUUUCCCUCCACUGGUGCUAUUUAAUUUGAAAGCACCAGCAGAGGCUGCAGUGAUGGGGUCUUUAUGCUGCAUUUAAUGGCUUCAAGUUAUUAUCUUGUGCUUUUUCUGUCUUGUAACAAAGGCUGAUGCCAUUUAAAAAACACAUGUGGUCCUUCUGUUUCUUGGCAAAUGAUUUAUAUUAUUUUUUUUCUUGUUAAUAUCCUAGUGAAUGUUAACAGAGUAAGUGAUGCUGAUAACCUUGCAAAGCUGCGUUUAAAUGGAGUUAUAAGCAGAAAAAUGUCAUAUUUGCAUUUAUUUCUUCUGGUGAGGAUAGGUAUGGGAAGGAGUGUGUGAAAGAGUAUGUCAGAUCCGUGUGCUGCUCCAGAGGCCUUCUGUACUCACAGGAUUCAUUAAUGGAUCCAACUUGUGAAUCACUACCCUGUAAGAAGCAGAGAAAAGCUUGUGUUUUGGUUUAGCUUUCCUUUCCCUAUUUCCCACAGUCAACAAGUAGUAUUAAUUUCUGAUUUGAAUUUAGAUUAAUUAACCUGGGAAGCAAACAGUUUUGAGAACCAUCUGGGUUGUGAGAAUCGUUUACCGAGUGCAAAGGGUCUUCCUGGUAUUUGUGGAAUGUGGAGUAUCAGUAAGAACUGUCAGCAGUUAUGAACAUGUUUAAAAUACGUGCAGAUAUCCUUUUCAUGUCACUGGAGUUUCUCCUGAGUCCUGUUUGUCUGGAACCGCUCCAGCAAGGGGUGUCACUGAAUCUCCCUUAGCCCAAAAUCAUGCCCUGAGGUUGUCCAGUCUCUGUCCCACGAGGUUCUGAUCAUUUUGAGUGCUGGAGUUGUGAUGUAAUACAUGCUUUGUAUUCUCACCUUAAUCAGUCUUUACAUAAUUGAAGGCUAUUAAUUAUUUUGACAGGAAUGUUCUAGACAUUUUAGAACAUGAGUUUACAGCCUGGUGUAGUGCAGAAGCAGCAGCAGUGAGCAGGAUGAUGCAGUCUAAAGGCAGCAUUGGUGGGUUUGCAGUGAGCUCUCUGAGGAUCCUCUCUGCUCUGCUCAAAUUAAGAUCAAAUGAGGCACAGAUUAAGAAAGUACAGGUUUCUAAUUAUAUGCAUUUGUCUGCAAGUUGAGACUUGUACCAGCUUCCUACCUAGACCAUUACCAGUGGGUGCAUUAACGAUGUGCCCGGGAAUUUGGAGUAGCCUUUGGGAGGAAAAAGAACCUUUUUGCCCCACUUGCAGGGUGUGAAUCGUAACUGCAUUAGCUGUCAUUCUUUCAGGACUCGCUCUCCUCUUGACUCCUGAAUUUAGUCAACCCUUUGUGGUUCAGGCCCUGCCUUGGCAGAGGGAGGGAGUGAAUGGGAACCUUUCCCUGCCAGCCGUGCCCAGCCCUGCGCCCGAGGUGUGUUUCCCAAACCUGGUCCCAGUGCCCUUCCAGCAGCCUCGGCCCCUCUCAGGGAGGGAGGGAUGUGUCUGAGUGGCUGCUGCGAAGGAGCUCCCAAGGAUCCGUGUGAAUGAGGCAGCAGUGUCAGAGAAGAGCCCUGCGGGGCUCAGCUCCAGCCGCUGGUCAACGCCGAGACAAAAAUCACUGCUGCACCUUCACCUUGACAUUGUGUUUUUUGAACAGGAGACAUUUAUCCUGCUGAAACGUUCCAUUCAGUGACUUCUAUCUUUUGCACAUCUUGGUUAAAAUGGAAAAUAAGUGGCGGACGGGGAGGGUGUUGGAGGGGUCAUGCUGUCGCUGAGAGCUGUGUUUGAAUGGGCAUUACUUCCUGUGGGCUUGGUUUGAUUUUGUUCUUCUCGAGGUUUUUCAUUUUCAGACAGAAUUCUCUCCGAGCAGUACUGGAGAUGUACCUGAACUGGAUGGGUCUGCCCAGCAGCCCCUGCCAUACACAGUUAGGUUGUGUUCUGUGACAGUCCUUGGCGUUCAGUGCUCACAGCCACCUUCGUCCUGUGCUGUGCAGAGCUCAGGUGUGCCUGGGAGGUGAGUCCUGUUCCAGCUCUGUCCCUCCCUCGGGACACAUGGCAGGCUCUGUUUUCUGGAUGUGUCUCACUUCUCUUCCUCCCGUGGAAUGGUAGUAAGGCCCUCCCCUACCUCACAGGGUGGCUGACACUUGAUUUGUUUAUUACGAGUAAAGGAUCCUUUUGGAUUUCUACGAUAUUUUAUAUCCAGAUAGCAAAUAUGAUUGCUGAUCUUGUUUAAACUGACAUUCUGUGAUCAAGUUAUUUUCUUAGAGAUACAGUCUUUUUUUUUUUUUUUUUUUUUCCAUGUCUAACUUUUAAGGUCAGCUUUACAGACAAAGCACCUAGAUAAUGCAGUAAUUAAUCAAUUAUAUGUUGAUUAAAGUGUUUCACCAGUGCAUUAAAUGGAAACAGAACACUAAUUUUUA